UGCAGACAAUUGCGCCGCAGCUUCAUCGCGAUGAACAUUCGGUGUGGCCUUCCAGCUCCCCUGCGCUACCGAUCGGCUCGACAUUCGCACUGGACGGCCAGCCUCGGGCACGUCGUAGCUCCGUAGAUGCUACCCACUCAUCACCGCCGGACCUGGCCUCGUCCGAUAUCGACAUGACGAUGGAGCUCGUGCACUUGACUCUAAUGAAGAGCCCAACAUGGGUGAAUGCAUCUGAUGCGAAUCAAUGCUCCCUCUUGCAUUGGGUCGCGCAGCGGGGGGCGGCACCCCUCGUCCAGCUUCUGAUCGACCACGGGGCGGCCAUUGACGCGAUUGACCACAACGGGCUGUCACCAGUGCACUGGGCUGCCGCCGCCAACAACGUGGCCGUGCUGCGAGCGUUCGUACAGGCGCAUCGAGAGGUUUUGAACGCCCCCGACGCGCGCAAGCUGCGCACGCCGUUGAUUUUCGCAGCCCAGCACGGUCACAUCGCGGCGGCAGUGUAUUUGCUCCGGCUUGGUGCCGACGCUGCACUUCUUGACAAAGCGGGGGACUCUAUGGUACACUGGGCAGCGUACAAGGGCAACGUCGAGCUCCUCCGCCUGUGCUACGCCUACGCUGACACCCUUGGCCUCGACACGGCGCUUUUUCACAUGGCCGAUUCGUGCAGGCAGACGCCGCUGCACCUUGCGGCACUUUGCGGCCAUGCACAAGUGAUCGCUUUCCUCGUUGACGACGUCCAUGUGCAGAUGGAACGUGAGGACGUGAACGGCCAGACACCGCUCAUGCUCGCGCGCUCCAAGGGACACUUGGUUGCUGCAGCGAUCCUCCAGGCCCGGCUACGACGCAACGUCAUCCGCUCUGUGCGGCAUGUCCUUCGAGCCUUCUGCCCUCGAUUCUUUACGCGCGUGCCACUGUAUUUCCAAGCGGGGAAUCUGGUCCUCGUACCGUGCUGGUACGGCGGCGUGUUUUGGCACUGGAAUGCACUGAGAGGCACCAUGACGUGGCACUCUGUGCUGCUUGCAUUCACGUGGUUUUUCUUUGGAUGUGCGGCAUGGCUCGAUCCAGGCACCGUGGCGCACGACCACCACUGCGCCGAGCGGUACGCGACCACCAUGCACCAUCUCAUGAGCCCAGACUUUGCUGGCGACUGCAACAACGCCCCAAGAAACGACGACGCUGCGCUGGACGCGACGCUGCGCCGCUUCUGUCAUACCUGCCAUGUCGAUCAACCACCCCGAGCCAAGCACUGCAAUGCAUGCAACAAGUGCGUGGCAGUGUUCGACCACCACUGCCCUCUUCUGGGCACCUGCGUUGGCCGCAACAACUACACGUUCUUCCUGGCCUUCACGGCGUGCAUGGGGAUUGCAUCAUUGUGGUUGGCGUGGAUGUGGCACACUCUUUGGACGCACUUGGAUCGUCGCGCGACUGCGUGGUGCAUCGUUGCUGUCAUUUACUACACGCUCAUCGGUCUGUGGGCGAUGGGGUUACUGGCAUUCCACCUGGUCUUGGCCGCCAACAACCACACAACGUACUCGUUCCGACAGCACGGCGACAUGCAAGGCCACCGCGAGUCCUGGCGACAAAACUGCAUCGACCGGCUGUGCGUAAGCGUGCAUCACUAUUGCGAUCAUGUGGCGCGGGACCGGCGCCAGUCGACCCACGAUGGCAAGGUCCGGCAUCGCCAUGCGGGGUAGCAAUUGAAUGUCUGUUGAACGUGUUGCCAAAUGGAUGCUUACACUAUUU